ACUCGCGCUGCGGCCGCGCGCGCUCUCAGUCCCGCUCGGAGCUGCUCGGCGCCCCAGCUGCCCGCCCGGCCUGCCGCCCCGGCCCGCGGCCCAAAUGGCUGUGCGCGGCGGCAACACCUUGACGCCCUUCUCCAUCCAGGCGAUCCUCAACAAGAAAGAGGAGCGCGGCGGGCUGAGCGCGCCGGAGGGGCGCCCGCCGCCCGGGGGCACAGCGGUGGCUGUGGCUGCGGCGCCCGCUGUCUGCUGUUGGCGGCUCUUUGGGGAGACGGACGCGGGCGCACUGGGGGGCGCCGAGGACUCUCUGCUCGCGUCUCCUGCCGGUACCAGAGCAGCUGCGGGGCGGACUGCGGAGAGCCCGGGAGGCUGGGACUCGGACUCGGCUCUCAGCGAGGAGAACGAGGGCAGGCGGCGCUGCGCGGAUGCUCCGGGGGCCAGCGGGGCCGGCCGCACGGGAGGAACCCUGAGCCUCGGCCAGCGGGUCUGCGAGCUGCCCGCCUCCAAGGACCUGGAGGAGGAAGCCGCGGGCCGGAGCGACAGCGAGAUGUCGGCCAGCGUCUCAGGCGACCACAGCCCAAGGGCCGAGGAUGACGGUGUUGGCGCCAGAGGUGCACACGUGCCCGCGCUGUGCAGUGGAGCCGGCGGCAGGGGCAGCAGCGCGCCGGCGGGCGGCGUGGAGGAGGAGGAGGAGCCCGCGGCGCCGAAGCCGCGUAAGAAGCGCUCUCGAGCCGCCUUCUCCCACGCACAGGUCUUCGAGCUGGAGCGUCGUUUUAACCACCAGCGCUACUUGUCCGGGCCGGAGCGUGCAGACCUGGCCGCGUCUCUGAAGCUCACCGAGACGCAGGUGAAGAUCUGGUUCCAGAACCGUCGCUACAAGACCAAGCGCCGGCAGAUGGCCGCCGACCUGCUGGCCUCGGCGCCCGCAGCCAAAAAGGUGGCGGUAAAGGUUCUGGUGCGCGACGACCAGAGACAGUACCUGCCCGGCGAGGUGCUGCGGCCACCCUCGCUUCUGCCACUGCAGCCCUCCUACUAUUACCCUUACUACUGCCUCCCGGGCUGGGCGCUCUCCACGUGUGCGGCCGCUGCGGGCACUCAGUGAGCCCGCCUGCGCUGGGGCAAGGAACGAUUCCCACAUCCCGGCUCCGACGGCCAUGUAGGCUGUAGUCGAUACAGCGGCGCUCCGCCAAGGGGGCAAGUGGAGGAUGAAAUCCAGCUCAGGCUCCGCUAUCCAGGACCUGAGCCCUGGCAGCCGGACUGAGUAUGCCCAAAGGGGGCGCUUUUUUCUAACUUGAACAGAGGCACUCUAUGGCCUAGGGCCCCCGCGCGCCCCUCACCUGCCUGGAAGCCCUUGGACACUAUUUAUUACCACGACAAUGUUGGAUUUGGAUUUGGAUUAUGUCUGCCUGCUGGGGAUGGCGUUUCCCCAGAGCGUUGAACUCCUGGAGACCACAUAGCCUGAAUCCCCAGAAUUUCGGGCCUGCUGGGAGCUUCGUGCGCUAGGCCACACUAGUUCAUGGUAUCCAUGCUACCAAUCUAUGUAUAUCUACAUAUCUUUUAUUUUUGGAAAUUGCAUUUAUAACAAAGGGGUGCGGAACCCUGGCAGCCCCAGCCCAGGGGUUGAUUUGAAACGUGAAGGGUUUGGUUUUCAGGCCCUCGCACCACCCCUCCCGAGUGUCAGAGCUCUGGUGGGGGUGCCCUAAUGGGUGCUGAAUGUAAGGAAGGGAGCCCCUGAGCGUUGGGCAGGCUAGGGGUCUCACACCCUCCCUCUCCGAAGUCCAGGGCCCCGUCCAGGUGGGAAGCGCCUGGGAACCCCCGAACAAGGAGAGCGCACACCCGGGCAGCGCUUUGCAGAAACUUUCCUUCAUUUAAAGGAGAUUAAGACUCGUAGCACUUUUCAGUUGUUUGUAUUCAAAUAACGGUUAUUUUUUGUACUCAAUGUGAAUAUCCCUGGCCAACCUUUCCAAGGCGUCCUCCCUGGUGCCGCCGCCUGGCCCUCGGUCUCUCACGUGCACCCUCUGCGACUCCUGCGCCCUGGCCCGGGACUCCCCUAUCUGCCCUUCACCUACCCUUGGACAGGUGAUCCUACCUGUUGUGUCAACCUCGCAGCUUUUCGCCUCCUUAAGGGCACUGUGCACUCAACUAGAGUAUUAACUGUAAAAGGAUUUGUGAAGUUUGAAAGCUCUAUUCGCUGUAUUUUUUCUUUAAUUUAUAAACUUUUAUUUUAACAUGC